UUACUCCCUAUCAAUCAGGCAAUCUGGGCUUCACGCUGUAAAUGCUCCAGGCGUGCGCAUAGUAAGGCGGCUCCCCGAGGGGAGAAGGGUGGCCAGGGUCCGCUUUUUUCCCCCCUAUUUCGGUGUUAGGGGGAGAAAAAAAAUACCAUGGCGGUUUUUUCGGCAGCGGAUUUCAGUCCUGAAGAAGGACCCGAGCAGAUCGAGCGAGGCCCAGCUUUCCUUUUUUUCUACAAUGAUCUUCACUGGUAGUGCGAAUCGCGCGAGCCUGUAGGGAGGGAUAUACUCCGCAGUCCCUACAUUUGAUUGAUAGGCAAUGGGCAGGUUUUUAUUUCCGGAAAAAGAAACAGAUCCAAACAGCCGGGACUCUUGUUUACAUAGUGGGCGAAAACGUUUUAACUCAUGCGGAUCAAAUCACUUUUAUUUCGAUAAAUUUUUUUUAUCAUCAUUAUUCAUUUUAAUCAGCCCGAAAUUGUUUAAAGUAGCACCCUAAAUAAACCCUAAAUGGUUUCAUUAUUAAACAUAAUACAAAAGUAAACUAUUGGUUAACCGUUUUUUAAAAUUAUUUAUUUAUUUAUUUUGAAAACGCGAAAGCCGCAUACUUGUGUUCUACACAGUGCGCUAGAGUAGUGCGCUCCUGGGGAGGGCAGGUUUUGUCCUGAUCCGUACUGUUUAGUACAGAAGUGCGCACUGGACAGGAACAUGUUUAGAGGAAAGAAACAUGGCGGCUCUGGUGUUAGAGAAGAAAGGGAAAUAGGGCUGCAUAACGGAUGCAUAGCGUCGUAUCGUUUCGCUUACGAUUCAACACGCUGACGAAUCGAUAUUUGAUUUAUAUUGUCAAGUUUUUAGAAGUAAUUUUUUAUAAAUGAUCAAGUAUUAUUUUCUCAAUGACUGCGCUACUGCAGUACUGGCACACGAAGGCAGUUUCCUAGUGGAACCAGUCAUCUGCUCUAAUUGCGCAAUUAUCAAAUAAAACAACACACCAGACCAUUAUUAUAUCUUCCACACUUUGCUUUGAGAGUUCAGUGACCCUUCAUGAACCCAUCUUAGGUUUCCUCCAAGCACGCCGUGUUCUACAUUUAGAAACACUUCCAGGGACUCGUGUCACAGGUUUUAGAUGUGAACUGGGCUGCCAUCAGUGUUUAUCAUAAUGCUCCUGCCUUGGCAGCAGCAACAGUAACUAUGAUGACGUCACCAUCGUCGGUGUCCAUGGAGGAGUUUCAGGAGGCUCAACAGAUGCAGGAGGAGGAGCACUCAGUAGGAGAAACAGAUGAAAGGUUGGACGAGCAAGAGGAGAGAGAGGAGGAGGAGGAGGAGGAGGAGGAGGAGGAGGCGGCUUGAUGCCAGCUGACCCCCAGACACCCAUGGAGGCCCAAAAAGCCGGCAUUUACAGGCAUCCCCUGUUCCCCCUGCUGGCACUUUUGUUUGAGAAGUGUGAGCAGUCCACUCAGCGCUCCGAGUGUGUGACGUCGGCCAGCUUCGACAUGGACAUCCAGAACUUUGUGCGGAGUCAGGAUAAAGAGAGCAAGUCUUUCUUCAGUGAGGACCCUGAGCUCGACAGCCUGAUGGUGAAGGCAAUUCAGGUGUUGCGUAUCCACCUGCUGGAGCUGGAGAAAGUGAGCGACCUGUGUAAAGACUUCUGCAGUCGCUAUAUCGCCUGUCUGAAGACUAAAAUGAACAGCGAGACUCUACUGAGCAGCACUGAUCCGGCUAGUCCAUAUUCACCUACACAAGCUCAGACGCCUAGCUCUUUCUCUGGGGCUGUGAGUCCGCAGGGGAUCGUAGUACCAACAUCUGCUUUACAACAGGGCAGCCUCACUGUGACGGCUGUAAACCCUACACAAGUAAUGUCAGGUGGCACAGUCUAUCAGCCUGUAACUGUUGUGACUCCACAAGGCCAGGUGGUUACCCAGGCCCUCUCACCUGGCACAAUACGCAUUCAGAACUCACAGCUCCAGCUGCAGCUGAAUCAGGAUCUCAGCUUCCUGAGUCAAGACGAAAACUCGUCUAAGACCAAGCGGGGCAUUCUGCCCAAGCACGCCACCAGCGUCAUGCGUUCUUGGCUCUUCCAGCACAUCGGGCACCCAUAUCCUACAGAAGAAGAGAAGAAGCAGAUUGCGCUCCAAACUAAUCUCACCUUGCUACAAGUUAACAACUGGUUUAUAAAUGCACGAAGGCGGAUCCUGCAGCCCAUGUUGGACGCCAGUUCCUCAGAGGCUCCUAAGAACAAGAAGAAAACACCACAGACUCGUCCACUUCAGCGUUUCUGGCCAGACUCACUUGCUUCCACGGUCUCCCAGCAACAGGUUACCAUGGAAGAUGGUACCAUGGUAUCAGUCAGCAUGGUUACAGGAGAGGACGGGUUGCAGACAUUGUCGUCAGACGGAGCGACCCUGGCCAUGCAGCAGGUGAUGAUGGGAGGCCACAGCGAGGAUGACGAAGACGACGAUGAAGAAGACGAAGAGGACAAUCUAUCCCACUCUGACAUGACCAGGCUAGGUCUGGAAACCAGCGAUUCACUGUAGGAAUGAGAAAUUAGAUUCACACACACGCUCGCACGCACGCACUCUGCCAGGGAUGCCGAGAGACACAUUAAAGGAUAUUGUUAAAGAGCUAAAAAAAAAAAAUGAAGGAAAAAAAACAUAAAAUAAAAAGGAAUGAAAGAAGGAGAGACAUUUUCUCACUGUGCAGUCUAAUGCAUGGUUACGUACUGUAUGUCACAUAUGGACAAUCAGGUUGUCAAACAUCCUGAUGCUUAAUCAUUUGGAAGGCUCAAAGCCAUAAACGCCAAAAAAAAAAGUCAUGUACACACACACACACACACUCUCUCACAUACAGACACACAAAUGAUAAGCACAAUCAUAUAACGUCUGGGGUUUCUUGCACAGUGAGAAUAUGCAUCAGUUUCAUUUCAAAAUCUUUUUUUUUGUUUUGUUUAUUUGUUUGUCUGUUCAGCAGCACAAAAGGAAACCUCAUGCACUUUUUUUUAGUAUGUUACUGUAAACAGCCAUGUUGAAAACAGCCAAAAGAAAAGAGAAGAGAAGAAAAGAGAAUGCAUAGGUCAAUGCUGGAUGAUUUGUCUUUCCUUGUCCUCGUCCCCUUGGAUGAGUGUCUCUUGCAUGCCUGUGUUUGCAUUGUUUUCAGGCACCAGAGAAGUUAAAAACUAUUUUUAUAUUUACACUGCUGAUAAAUUGGUGCCCCUUUGCUUUG